UCACGUUUGUGCCUCAAUCUGAACAGGUCACUCAUUCAUUUAGCUUUGAAUUAGUUAUAAUAUUUUCUGCUGGCUGAAACAAACCGCACCAUUAGCUGAGGAACCAGAAUAAUGAUACCGCUGACCUUGUUAUUUUUUGUUUGUAUAUUUUCCACAUUUUCUGCUUCGAUUCAAGUGCAGACGACAGGGCCAAUACUUAACAAUGACAAGACCUACAAGUAUUUCUAUACAACAGAAGUUCUAAUUGACCGACCUAGAGGAUCAGCCCAGGAAAGUGUAGGCUACAAGAUUUCUUCUGAUGUAGAUGUCAGCCUGGUAUGGCGAAAUCCAAAUAACAAAGAUGACCAGCUUGUCAGAAUUGAGAUGAAAAAUAUUAAAGUUGAAAGUGUAACUGAGCGUCCACAGGACAAGAAUAUUUUUACUGGCACUAGCGCUGCUAAGAUACUUGGUGACAAUUAUAUGAAGAGUCUUCAGAGGCCAUAUCUAGUACAGUGGAGCUUUGGGAAGGUGAAAAGCUUUUUCUCAUACCAAGAUGAACCCACUGUCCUUCUAAAUUUGAAGCGAGGUCUGGCCAGCCUGUUCCAGAUACAGCUUAACCCUGGCUCUGUCAGUGAGGUUGAUGUUUCUGGGAACUGCAAGGUUAAUUAUCAAACACGGCAGAACCAGGUGACUAAAGUAAAAGAUAUUGCAAGCUGCAAGAUAUCAAAAACAGGCUUCUCGACCUCCAACAAGGUGAUUGGCAUUUCUAAUAAAGGAACAUCCAGUACAAUUUAUAUAUUUGAUGAUAAUCUCAUUAAAUCGGCGUUAGCUGAAGAGAAUCAUGUGUUGACUCUUAACGCAUAUAAUGCAGUAGCAGCAAAGAUUGUGUGCAAGCAAAAACUGGAACUAAAGUCUACACAAGCUGGACCCAAGGAAACCCCAGGCAAGCAGAUUAGCACUGUGAUUAAGGCAGAAGAUGCAAAAUAUGUACAGCUCCCAUUGGCGGCUGAUCAGAUGAAAUCAAACUGCAAGGGUUGUCUUUCUCUUGCACAGCACUGGCAGGCCACUCGUGAGCAUUUUGAGCCUCAGAAUCUUUCAAAAGCCAAUGCAGCCCGCAACUUCCUCUCUCUAAUUCAAAGUCUCCGCAGAGCAAAAACAUCUGACAUUUUGAAGCUCCUUAAGUCAGAAAAGGAAGAUGUUCUUCCACAGCUGGUUGAUGCUGUAACGUUUGCUCAGACGUCGGAAUCCUUGGAGGCCAUGCUAGAGUUUCUUGACUUCACCAAUGGGAGCAGACCAUUGCUGCAAGAGAGAUUCUUGUACGCUUGCGGAUUAGCCUCACAUCCAGAUGAGCAAAUGCUUAAAGCUCUUAUCGCCAAGUCCAAGGGGACAAUUGCAAACCAGGAGAUCAGGGAAACUGUCGUUAUAAUUAUUGGUGCGCUGAUCAAGAGGCUUUGCCAGAGUGGAAUGUGUGAUUUUCCGUCAAUUUUGCAAGCAAAAAAGUUGAUCUUAGAAGGUUUGGAAAAGGCAGAAAAGCCUGCGGAUAUCAAGACUCAUCUGUUGGCUCUAAAAAAUGCUAUCUUACCGGAAGGAGUUCCUUUGCUGCUAAAAUACGCAGAAUCUGGGGAGGGACCUGUCAGUAGUAUUGCAAUCAGUGCUCUUCAGAAAUACGAUACAAGUUUAAUCACUGACGAGGUAAAAAAAGCAAUGAACCGGAUCUAUCAUCAAAAUUAUAAAAUCCAUGAAAAAACAGUACGAACGGCUGCUGCUGAUAUAAUACUAAACAAUAAUCCUUCCUUCAUGGAUGUAAAAAACCUGCUGCUUUCUAUUGGGGAACUACCGCUGGAAAUGAACAAAUACAUGCUCUCUGUGUUCCAGGACAUCCUGCAGUUUGAGAUGCCAGCCAGUAAGGUCAUACGUCAAGUUCUAAAAGAUAUGAGUGUUCACAACUAUGACCGCUUUGCAAAGACUGGAUCCUCUUCGGCUUUCUCUGGCUACGUGAAUCGUGGACUAGAUUCAUCAUCAACCUAUAGUCUGGACAUUCUCUACUCUGGAUCUGGCAUUCUAAGAAGAAGUAAUAUUGAUUUAUUUUUGUACUCUAAAAACACUGAGCUGCAUGCCAUUCAGGUUGUAAUUGAAGCUCAAGGUCUUGAGUCCUUAAUAGCUGCAACUGCUGAUGAAGGUGAGGAAGAACUGGAAUCCUUUGCUGGAAUGUCAGCCAUCUUGUUUGACGUUCAACUACGGCCUGUUACAUUUUUCCAAGGAUACAGUGAUCUAAUGUCAAAAAUGUUCUCGGCAACCGGUGACCCUAUAAGUGUAGUGAAAGGACUUGUGCUUCUGACUGAUCAUUCUGAGACUAUUCAGUUGCAAUCUGGGCUUAAAGCCAAUGCAGAGUUCCAGGGUGGAUUGUCCAUUGAUAUCUCCGGUGGAAUGGAUUUCAGUUUGUGGUACAGAGAAUCCAAAACCAGUGUUAAUAACCGAGGGGCUGUGGUGAUUACUGGCAAUAUAACAGUUGAUACAGGAUUUGUAAAUGCUGGGAUGGAAACCCGCUUUGAAUCAGAGUCAUCCUUUGAUUUUGUUACAACUGUAAAAUUUUCAUCGUAUCCAUUUUUGGUUUGCAUGCAGAUGGAUAAAGGAGCAAUUCCAUUAAGACAAUACCUCACAAAGUAUGAGAGCUUACCUCGUGGAAAAACAUAUAUCUCUCGGAAAGGAAGAGUCCAGAUGGUUGCAGGUUCCGAACUCCCGCUUCACCAAGAGAACUCCAACAUGUGUAGGCAGGUGACCGCAGAUCAGGAUAGUUCCACAGACAGCUGGUUCUGAAAUCCUCAGAAAUCAUUUCCUAGUACUGAAUCGGUGGCUCCACGGUGGACAGUUGUGUCUGUACUGUAUGUUAUUUGUGCAUACAUGAAGUUUACAUAUUUAGAUGUAUUUAAGUCUUUGUAAAAUGUUCUAAAAUAAAGAAGUUUGCAGAUAGUGUACUAGUAUUGUAAUACAUAUGUUUUGUAAGACUUUCUACCGCAUGCAGCAAGUGCAAGUAUAGCAGGGUUGCCACUUGCAAUCACAUAUCCACAGCCCAUAGUAAUAAUCCUUUCCUUUUAUAACCUUAUUUGAUAUGCAGUAGGAAUCUCAUUCAAGCCUAUGCUACAAACUAUAGUUCUGUUUUAAGUUGGCAGCAGGAGGACUGGUUCAAUGUUCUUGCUAAGCUGUACAGCUGGCCCCAUACACACGAGAGAUCAUUUUUGCUCUAACAGCUAAAAAGAUGUUUAAGGGAACUUUGAUGGAUAGGAUGUUUUUUUCUUGGCUUUAAGUCUAAGCCAAAAACUGUUUAAAAAAUGUGAAUAAAUAUGUUUUUAAUAUUAACAUUAUUCUCAGAUUUAGGACCUUUUGCCAGUGCCCUGUCUGAAUGCUGAGAUAUAGACUUAUAGGGGUGACAUAGCCGUACAGGGGCCCCCGUGAGGCCCAAAUAAUAGGCAAUUUCAACAUAUAUUGGUAAAAUAGGGCAACCUCUGGAUAUGUUGGGGGCCCUUAAAUGAAUUUGCUGUGGGGGCCAUUAACAUCAAAUUACACCACUGGAUCAGUGUUUUGUUUUUAGCUUCCCUGUUUUUACCUUACCUUACCUACCUCCCUCUUUCUCAUCCUGCAAUAAGAUAAUGAGCUCUGCAUUAACAAGGCUCUUGUUUUUGUUCCAGCUACAGAAAUUUUGUGAACCCAUGCUGCUUUAUGCACACUUGGCAGAGACAGGCAGAUCUCAGGUCAGAAAUGAGCAUGAGCAUUUCUGAGCAGAGGUCCAGCAGUUGCUUUGACAUCUUCUUCAAGCGUAUUUCCCAUAGAUCUCAAUGGGAAGUGGCGAAAGGCAGAUAGAGAUGUUGUGAUUCCCACCAUUUUCCCCCUGUAUCCAGCAUUGAAUUUGGUUUGAGGUUGGAUUCGUUUUUAGAAGGCGAAUUUCCUGAUU